AUGCCCCGAGCCGCCUCGCCGCCGCUGCUGCUACUGCUGCUGCUCGCCCUGGCCCAGCGCCGCGCCUGCCUCCCCGCGCCUGCUACGGCCGCGCCCCCCGGGUCGGACCCGUGUCUCAGCCGGCCUUGCCGUAACAACGGCACCUGCUUCCCCGCCGCGCCCCGCCGCCUCUCGUCCGCGGCCGCCUACCGCUGCGCCUGCCCGCCGGGGGUCAGCGGCGCCUCCUGCCAGUUCAUUUCAGACCCUUGUGCCAGCAACCCCUGUCACCAUGGUAACUGCAGCAGCAGUGGGGAUGGCUACCUCUGUGCCUGCAGUGAUGGCUAUGAAGGAGCAAACUGCGAGCUCUCUCGGCACAGCCCUCCACUCCCCGAGCAGGCAGAGGCAUCAUCUCCUCGACAAAGCAGGCCUGUCACCUCCACGCUGGAGCCUGAAGUCAUUCUGCCUCACUCACGAGCAACAGUGACGCUACCUACGUGGCAGCCAAGGGCGGGACAGAAAGUUGUGGACCUGAAAUGGGAUGAAAUCGAGAUACUUCCAGAUGUGGCUUGUGGAAAUGCCAGUUCCAAUACCUCUGCUGGAGGCCGUCUUGUCUCCUUUGAAGUUCCACAGAAUACAUCAAUAAAAAUAAGACAAGAUGCUACUGCUUCGCUUAUCCUACUAUGGAAGGUGACAACUGCUGGAUUUAAGCAGUGUUCGCUCAUUGAUGGCAGAAGUGUCACUCUUCUCCAGGCACUGGGUGGACUUGUACUUUCUGAAGAAAUGCUUGCGUUAGGAAACAACUACUUUAUUGGUUUUUUGAAUGACUCAGUUACUAAGUGCAUUGUGGCUUUACGGUUGACUGUGAUAGUGAAAGUCAGUACCUGCCUGCCUGCGGGAAGCCAUUUAGAUAAAUUCCAGUGUUCAGGGAAAGGAAAAUGUAUCACGAAACCAGAUGAGGCAACGUUUUUCUGUGAGUGCGAGGAUGAAUACUGGGGCCCCCUGUGUGAGGAAUUUGAUGCUUGUCAAAGCCAUCCCUGCCAGAACAACGCAACCUGCACCGACCUAGCACAGAAACACAACGGGAACAAUUUCACCUGCAGCUGCCUGCCUGGUUACACCGGAGAGCUGUGCCAGUCAGAGAUUGAUCACUGCAUCCAGCAGCCAUGCCAAAAUGGAGGCACUUGUUCAUCCAACAUCCAUGGAUUCACCUGUCAGUGCCCAGAAGGGUUUUUAGGAAUCUCCUGUGAAGAAAAAGUAGACCCUUGUGCAUCAAAUCCCUGCCAGAACAAUGGAACUUGUUAUGCAGAUAGACUUGUCUACUCGUGCAGUUGUAGUUCUGGAUUUACAGGACCUACGUGUGCUCAGCUUAUUGACUUCUGUGCUCUGAAUCCUUGUGCACAUGGCAUCUGUCGCAGUGUUGGAACCAGUUACAAAUGCCUCUGUAGUCCCGGUUUGUACCAAACAAAGUUGGUUUUUUGCUUUUUUUUUUUUUGUCUCCUGAUACAAGGUGAAGAAUGUGAAAUUGACAUUAACGACUGUGACAGCAACCCAUGUCACCAUGCUGGAACUUGCAUAGAUCAGCCCGGUGGUUACACUUGUCACUGUCCACAUGGGUGGGUUGGUGCAAACUGUGAAAUACAUCUGCAGUGGAAGUCCGGGCACAUGGCAGAGAGCCUCACAAACAUGCCUCGUCACUCCCUUUACAUCAUAAUUGGGGCUCUCUGUGUAGCAUUCGUCCUGAUGCUGAUUAUUCUAAUUGUGGGAAUAUGUCGCAUCAGCCGUAUCGAAUACCAAGGCUCUUCCAGGCCAGCCUACGAAGAGUUUUACAAUUGUAGAAGCAUCGACAGUGAAUUCAGUAAUGCAAUUGCUUCUAUCCGACAUGCCAGGUUUGGCAAGAAAUCCCGACCUGCAAUGUAUGAUGCAACCCCCAUUGCUUAUGAAGAUUACAGCCCUGAUGACAAACCUUUGGUUACGCUGAUUAAGACAAAAGAUUUGUAACCUAGUGAAUCUUUUUUGGAUUAUUUUUCAAAAGGAUGGGCUACUAACCUAAUUUAAAUAUUUUUAAGAAGAAAGCAUAAGAAAUUUAAAACCAUUAGAUGCUUCAGAAUUUUCUGUAGAAUAUUUAAGAACCAAUUUUCUGCAGCUUUUAGUUUGGAAAAAUAUUUUAAAACAGAAUUUGUGAACUUCAUGAAUUACAUUUUAAUGUACCUUGAGCUCUAUAAACUAUAAGCUUAUGAUAGUGUGUGCUUUUUUCUUGGUAGACACUAUUACUAAACCCAGAUUGAGUUUCUUGUGCUUGUUACAGAACAGAAAACAAUAAUUAAUGAGGAGUUCUUUAUGACAUGUCAGUGCCAGCUUUCUCAGUAGAGGUAGGAAAAAUGUGAAGCAUAAUAUGAUAUAUAAUAUAUCCAUUAAUUAAAAAAGUCUAAAAUGUUUGUGUUGUGAAGAAGAAACUAGUAAAAAUGAUUAUUCCUAAUUGAAUGAAUUAGCUUUCGCCUUAUUCCAUGCAUGGAUAGAUAGCCUAUUUCUCCAUUAUUUCCUGAAAGUUGCUGGAACAUACUCUUGAGUUGAUGUUUGACAUUUUUGUAAUAGUAUUCAGGCUAGGCCUUGUAUAAUAAUUAAAGUGCCUCUUGAGGCAAAGUAAGGGCACGAUCCUUUAAGCAUUGAAAUCAAUGAAAAAACUUCCAUUGACUUCAGUGGGCAUGGGAUUAGAUCCUACAAUUGGACUGAAUCUAUAUUUUUCUUUAAAGGUUGAAGUUUUUUAUAUUGUGAGUAACCUAAGCAUAUGGUUUGAGUUGUUUGUUUCCUAAGGUUGUUGAUGUACAGUAUUGUUUCAUGAAAUAUUGUGUAUUUCUCAUAGUGCUUCUAAUUUAGGGUCAGUAUGGUUUAUUUGUGGCUGUAUUUGAUUGCUUAUGGUCUUAAAAUUCUCGCUUAUUUCAGAAAAUGUUGAAUAAAUGUUAUCAAGUGAAGAUUGCAGUUGUUUCUUUUGUUUUUCUUCAUUUGAAAAGGUUGCCUGUAAAUCUGAAAGGACGUGAAUGUAUCAUGCUAUAAAUAAUGCCUGAGAGGAUAUUUCAGCUGUUAAUAUCUGAAAGCUAAAAAAAAACACAG